AUGGCGCCGCUCUCGCCAGAGGCCCUAGAAUACGCCAUUCACCACGUUUUCCUUCCACCAAAACUCCCUCAGGAGCUUGAGGCGGACUUUGCAAAGCGUGAUGCCGACCUCGUGCAAACGGCGCUUCAAGUGCUUAACGAUCUUCGGAACUCAAUGCCUACUCCUGCGCGCGCAUCCAUCGACCGCGCCAUAGGCACUGUCACUCUGAUGCUUGCCAUGCACAGUUCUGCAGAUGGGCAUCUCAGCGAGACGGAAACACUUAGUGCCCUAUCACAGCUUUCACAGGGCAGUGGCUUCCCGAUUCCGCUUCAAAUCCGCGCGCAGAAUGCCGGCGUGCUGAUUACCCGAGUUGACGCAAACGUCAACUUCGAGUGUUUUGAGAUCUCCGCCAGCAACAGCGCGGUCAUGACAACUCGGGGCAGACUAUCACGCACAUUUCCUGGUUCCGCCGUGUCCAUCGACAUCAAGACAGCCAUAGACCCACAACUUCAUUCAGCUUUAGCGCACACCCUGUCGAAGAUGAGCGAUCAGGCCGUACCAGGAAUGCAACCGCAGACGUACAAAGGUGGCCGCACACACGAUGAAGAGCGGGAUACAACCAGCCCGGCUGCCGUUUCAGAGCUUCUCUUUGGAGGCAUUUUGAAGGCUAUUGGUCGUCCACUUACCUGCUCGACUAUCACCAAGAACACUAGAGAUGACGUGCUCUGGAGCAAUGCGAAGCUGCCAUGGCGAAGAUCGUCUGCGUGGAUGUUUGUGAGAGUGGUCCUUCAGCUACUCUUCUCAAGAUCGCGGUAUCAAGGCCUCGACACAUACAAGCUCUUCAUGGUGUCAUUCACCAGUGAUCUGCUCCACCAAUGCCAAGACACGACAAGCAGCGAUAUGCUGUACGCAAUGAACGCGAAGGUGGCACGAAGAAUGCACAAACUCGGCGCAGCUGUGCCUGUCGUCUUGAAUGAUCGUGUUAUGGGCAUUUUGAAGAGCAGUCACCGUAUUCUUUCCGAUCGAUGGUCCAACAUCCAGCGACUGGAGCAUGAAUCGGCCGCCGAAGUCUCCGAUCUUGCGUUGCUGAGAUUUGACGACGAUACCGGUCUCAGCUUACCUCUGCUCGAGCAAUUCAUCACCUCAAUCGACUUGCGGCCGCCACCGAAAGCAGUGGAUGCUUUCGUGCCCUCUUACGGUCUUCCCCGGUUUGCGCCAGAAGCAAUCUAUCUGCCACCAGCAACAGACGGCGAACCGUACGAACUGGCCGUUCUGCAAGAUUUUGAGGAAUGGGUUGACCUGCACUGCUACCGCGUCUUCGAAGCAAGCGAUGCCGAUGAGGCGUGCCCGGCCAUUCAUGAUUUGAUCAGAGGAUACCACCGUCGAGCAUCGAAAGCGUACAAAGGCAAUCCUGAAGGCAUGUCGAUCAUGCUUCUCACGGUCCUUGAACUAUGGAUUAUUGGUGACAGGCUCGCUGGUGGAGUCUGUAAGAUUCUGACGGAGUACAGCCACGGAUUCCCAAUUGACGUCCUUCAAAGCCUGGCGUUGCCAUCGAAAGACCACAUGAAGAGACUGUGUGCGGUUGAAAAACGUCUUUUUCAGCGUGAUGUCAGCGCAGGACAGCGUCCGGCUCUUCUGUCACAUGUCGGCGUGCAGAAGGAAUUUGCUACGCGGUGUUUUGACGCUUCACCCGAGUCCCAAGACUUGAUGAGCGAAAUCCUCGACAACUCAAAGGCUCAAAAACAAGCCAAGCUCCAGGAACUGCAGGAUGCCCUUCUAUCUUACAAGAGGCUGGAGUACCUGAGAGAUCAACAUACCUGCCUGCACAAGACCAUUGAUGUGCAGUCAAAACUGUAUCCGUACGAAAUCGUCCAGAAGACCGUGCACGAUGACAAUGCAUGCCAAUACUGUCCCCUCCAGGAGCGCCUCAAAGAGGCCAGGAUUUCGAUUCACGAAGAGCCUCUGCCAGAGAUCGAGAGUCAAGCCAAAGCCAUUGUAUUCGAGCUUCAAGCACCAUGCUGGUACGCCGCAUGGCGCGAUAGCACGGUGUACGUACUGAACGACGUCUUGAAAGCGAAGUACAGCGCAGAGGAAGCUGGACAUCAUCGCCCUUUGUCAAGCGAUGUUCACGUUGGUGAAUACAGUUCUGCGUCCGCGGAUCAACGCAUCAUUCUUAUGACGAAGCGGAAGUCUCACUCAAAAACACACUACAAGUGGAAGCGCAUCGAAAACAUUCGAAGCAAGAACAUCGCAGACUUGGACGAGGUGCUCACGAAGAACGACACGAAGUACCAGUACUACGACAUGGAAAACGACUGCUUCGUCGACCAAUUUGUCUGCACAAAGGAAGCAGCGCUGAGCUGCACGUAUCAGCUCGAAGAGCGUUCUAAGACCAUGGCGAAAUUUCUCUUUCGGCCAUCCUCUUCGCCAGAUGGAGUCCCUCCGAAUCAGGUGAUCGCAAGCCAGUCUCAAUGUCCAGAGUUUAUGUCGUUGGAAGGAUACAAGGAACUUUGGACGCUUCUGUACGGGCAUCACAUUCAAUGGCUGAACAUUGUCCUACAGCUGGCUGCGCCAACCAUCGAUCUGAGAUCAGACGAAACAGUCAUGGUCGUGUUCCAAUGCAUAUAUCAAGCUGGACCUGCGGCAUCCGAGGAAAGCGAUGAUACUCUUCGGGCGGCCCACGCGCUUUUGAAGCUUGCAGACUUUUCUCGCCUACUGCUCAACAGUCUCGAAGCGGCCUUGCAACGAGUGAAGGAGAAUUGGGAGUCGGCAAAUGCCCUUGCUCUUUUCGCUGCGAUCGCCAGCCGUCUCCUCACUCUGGCAUCGCGACCUGAUGUCCAUGUAGCGUGUCUGAAUUUCUUGUCGAAGGUUCGCCAUGUUGCUUUCGCAUGGGUCACACUGCUGCGACAGAAAUCCCAAAAUGCUCUUUCCCAGUCAGAACAGACACAAUUCAACACCAAGAGCAUGGACGUCGCGCUUGUCUGCAUGCUGUCCUUUGAUGUGGACGCCAAGCAUCUCACAGACAUCCUGGCCAUUCGAAGCGAAGCUGCGAUCCUCUUGCAAUGCUCUUCAAUCGUCUCCGAGAGAUCGAGAUCUACCAAAAGCUCUAGCAAUCAUGGCGCCAUCGACGAUGCACUCCACUGGACCUGGUCAGCUCACAAUUCUGAUCACAUUGGUUGGCAUCAAGAUGAUCUUGCCUCUCGGAACUGGCUCACAACGGAGAUCUCCAUGACAUCAACGGGAGAGACUCAGAAGCUGCACUAUGACCUUUUGACCGGGGAAUUUCUCAUCAACGGUAGUCGUUUGAUACGUCCUCCUAUGCAGUGGGAGCGGCAUCCUACGUACAUCGCCAUGUUUGGCACAGUCUCACCGGAAGUCGUCUCUGCGGCGAUCCCCGGUAUGAAGUACACGAUCAAGCGAGACUACGAUGGACACGUCGUCCACCUGGGGAUGACUGCCCCGGGCAUCACUCCACGAGAUCUGCUAGUGCGCGCCAGCAGCAAGUCUGGACACUACGAACUGGUGCCGUCGCGGUUGCUUGCUGGAGCGAUUCCCGAAAUGUUUGUAACUGGAUUCGUUCACUGGUACAACAUAGACACCGGUGUCAUCGAGUUCCGCCCGUCACGCAGUCCUUGGAAUUUCUCGUCGAAGGCUAUCUGGACAAUCAGUCCGCGGCCGGAAGGCUGGAGCCUCACCCAAGAUGGAAAGAUUCUUCUAGGCCUUCAGUCCGAAACCUUGCGGACUAUUGCCUGCGUUCUUCGCCCGUUGGCGAACGCAACCCGGAUUCACGUCAUCUUCCAGCCAUGGAAACGCCAAGUGGACAUUGAGAUUCCAAGCUUGCAACUCGGCUUUUGGCUUACUAUGGGAGAUUGCAAGCUGCACUCCAGGGACUUCCGCGGCUUCAUCGUGGAUCGCGAUCAGACCCUUGGCACACUGGUUGGACUGUCCAGUAAGCUCGUGUUGACUUCUCAAAAUGUAAGCUCGCGAAUGGUCUUACUUCCGGAAGGUGAAGUCUCGUACCAGAAGCACAACGGUCACGUCACUGUCGAAGUCAGCAAAGAGACCAUUUCAAGGGUGCAUCCAGUGUAUAUCGACUCCCGUCUCCGUCGCCUCGUGGACAAUGGGAGCCUGCAGAGCAAGCUAUUGCUAGCGUACUUCAGCGCUCUCACUUCUCAUUGUCUUCCAGACCCUCUCACAUUGCGCACUGGGACUGAGCAAGCCUUGUCGAUACUGAGCAGUGCCGCCGUUCACUCAUUCGAAAAGCUAGAGUCCGCGAAUGUAAAGCUCCUUUGUGCGCUUGCAGAAUUGACACCAUCGAGAUCCUUCUACCCGCCUGAAGACAAGGUCAUGCAAAGUGUUACAUGGGAUGACGAGCUGGACGUUCUUUCACAGCAUGGCGGGUUCUUUGCCGCUGUGCAAUCCAUCUUGAAGCGGGCGAAGGAAGCGCUCCUUUUCUAUCCAGAAUCGGCAACUGACUUUCCCACCAUUCAACAUGCUGCCAAGGAUCUGCUCGAUCGCGACAAUCUUCGCACGGCCACGUUCCGAGUCUCCGGCUUUGGAGCUGACCAACACACCACGACCCACGACUGUCCAUAUGCGUCUCGAGAUCUGGACACCGGCACGGAGCGCGCAAAUCGCGCAUGCAUCAUCUUGCGCAUGGUCACCGGCCAGGUUAAGGCCCCCUGCUGGAAGCUGCCGAGUGUCGAUCUGUUCUGGAAGUCCAUGACUAGUGUCUCGACAGCAUCCGGUCAUGACGGCGAGCUCGACCCCGAUGGCAUUCGAUAUGAUGCUGCUUUGCUCGAAGGAGAGACCGACCAAUAUUCUCUGAUGGUGUGGAUGUCGUCAUUGGCCUUCGCCCCGACCAAGAUCGCGGGUCUUCUGCAGGUCGUGGCCCUGUCAACGACUAUGCCCGAAUUACGAGGACUGGCUGUACCUACCGGCCUCGUCUUCCAUCCCAAUGCAGGCAUUGAAAUCACAGCAAUUCAGCUCGCAUCUGCCAUUGAGGCAGGCGCAGGUCGGGCUUUUGAAGAGACUCCAGAUUGUAAUGCACCUCGACGCAACGACAAGAGAGGCUAUCCAGAGAGUCCGGACGUCUUCACGGUGCGGAUGAACAAUCGAGAGCUUCGGGGUUAUCUUUCGAAGCUGAACGACGUUCUCUCAGAGCGCGAAAUCAUGUUUGUCCCGGUUCCCACCUCUGGACUUUCGUAUCCAGCGCCGAGCAUCAGAGGAAUUGGGUUCAUAUCCGUUGAUGAUUUGUUCUCAAGCACUUCCUCCUUUUCGAAGCUUCCCAAAGCGCCGGCUUUGAUAAUUUUGCCUCAUGUGGCGGGUCAAGAGGCUAUCACGGGCAAGUCCAUCCAUCUUCGAAAGUUGCUCGAGCAGCUAGGUCGCAACAGCAAGCCAUCCCCUCACGAACAGGCAUACGUCGCGGAUCUGGAGGAGAGCCUGCGUUCUCUCGAAGGACGGGUCAAACGCGAGCCGAAUUUGGCGGCUCUGCCGAACAAACGCAGUAUGCUCGACCAUCUCGCUGCAUGCGAGAAGCAUUUGAACAAUGUUUACUCGACUUUACUGCAGGCAAUGAACUCUACAGCGAUGGACGCUGGACGACAUGUUCAACACUGGCCUCGCAUUUCGCCGCUCCUUUUGCUGCAGCAGCUGAGCCACAAACGCUGGCCAAAGCUGAGCGUCGAGUGGAAAGCGCUGCUGAUUCAAUACGCUCUCGCUAUUGCUGGGGUCCAGAGAGCUGAGAGGCUGCUAAAGGCCGAGCGAACGAGUAUCGAUGAUCUCGUCACGGAACUGCAGAAUCCGGGACACACCAACUGGAAUCCUUUUGACUAUCCGGAAUCACUGCUCCUAGAGGUCGAGAGCGGGAUCACUAUUCGCGAGGUCCAAGAGCAGAUUGCCAAAGAGAUGAGAGUGCCGACUGGGAAGAACGCUGUGAUGCAACUGAACAUGGGCGAGGGCAAGUCCUCCAUUAUUGUACCCAUGGUCGCUGCUGCGCUGGCAGAUGGUUCUCAAUUGGUCAGAGUCGUGGUUGCUAAGCCUCAGUCGAAGCAGAUGGCGGAGAUGCUGAAGGCAAAACUGGGAGGCCUGCUCGAUCGACGUAUACAUUACCUGCCCUUCUCUCGCUCCCUCAAGCCUAACCUGGCCACUGCAGAGGCAAUCGAGCGCCUUUGCAAGACAUGCAUGGCGGAGGGAGGAAUAAUGCUGCUGCAGCCGGAACACAUCUUGUCGUUCAAGUUGACGGGGCCCGAGUGUUUCAUCGUUGGCAAUGAAGCCGCGGGAAAAGCAUUGCUUCGAAUACAGGAGGAUACGUUCAAUUCCCGGUCGAGAGAUAUUGUGGACGAAUCCGACGAGAACUUCAGCGUCAAGUUCGAAUUGAUAUACACGAUGGGUCUUCGUCGAGCCGUGGAGAUGAGCCCUGAUCGCUGGGUCUACGUCCAGGCAGUGCUGGAUCUCGUCAAGACACAUGCCGCAGCACUUGCAGUCGAGCGACCACAGGCGAUGGAGUAUAUCGAGAGAGAGUCUGGGGGCUUUCCGAGAAUCAGAGUUCUCCGUGAAGAAGCUGGACGUAUCCUGGUCCAUGGCAUUGCGCAGCACAUCUGCGAUGUGGGACUUCUAGGCUUUCCUUUGCCAAAGGGAGCGCAAAUCUGCGAGUCAGUCUUCAACUUCAUCGUAGAGCCAGAGGUCACCAAGGGAGACGUCUCCGCUAUACAGGCCUCUGUGUUUUGGUCCGACCACACGAAGGGUCCUCUGUUGCUGCUACGCGGAUUGUUCGCUGGAGGCAUAUUGGAGUUCGUCUUCGGAGCUAAACGCUGGCGUGUCAACUACGGACUCACUACCCGCUCACCAUUGACGAAAUUAGCCGUGCCAUAUCGCGCAAAAGAUACGCCCUCACCGCGUUCGGAGUUCAGCCACCCAGAAGUAGUCAUACUGCUCACGUCCCUGUCGUACUACUACGAAGGCCUCAGCGAUGACGAUCUCUUCGUCGUUAUGGGUCAUCUCCUGGACUCCGAUCGAGCGGAGGAUGAAUGGCAUCGCUGGCUCGCCGACAUUGAAAUGCCAGCACAGUGUCGCUCUCUCGACAGCAUCAACCUCAAGGACAAGGCACAUUGCAUUGCUGACCUGUUCCCACCGCUGCGCCACUCCAAGGCAGCUAUCGACUAUUUCCUCUCCCGAAUCGUCUUCCCCAAGGAGAUGAAGGAAUACGACAACAAGCUUAGCGCGUCGGGAUGGGAUAUUGGCAGGGUGAAGCGUUUGCCUACCACUGGAUUCAGCGGCACGAACGACUCCAAGCCUUUGCUUCCACUUGACGUGUCGCACAAGGAUCUUCCGGAACAGCUGCACACCAACGCGCUCGUGCUCGAACAUUUGUUGUCACCGGAGAACUCUGUUGCGCUGAUGCCUAGCACCGAGGUCAACUUUUCGACCGAUGCCCAACGUCUACUGCUGAUGGUCAUGACGCUCAAUCCGCUACCGGAGGUCAUCCUCGAUGUCGGAGCGCAAAUACUCGAGCUUGACAAUCUGAACUUUGCCAAAGAGUGGCUGAAGUCUCACCCUGACGGACAGAAGGAAGCGGCUGUGUUCUGCAGCAGCGAUGACGAACUCUCUGUGGUGAACAGGAAAGGCCAGGUGGAAUUGCUGCAGACAUCUUCGUUCGCCACUCGACUCGAAGUCUGCCUCGUGUAUCUUGACGAGGCCCACACCAGAGGAAUAGAUCUGAGGCUUCCACAGACCUACCGGGCAGCCGUUACCUUGGGAAGCAAUCUCAGCAAGGACAAGAUUGUCCAGGCUUGCAUGAGAAUGAGGAAGCUAGGCAGAGGACAAUCGGUUGUAUUCGUUGUUGGGAACGAAGUGGCCACGAAGAUCCUUGAGCUCCGAGACUUCUUGCGGUCCACGCCAAUCAGCGUCGCUGACGUAUUGACCUGGGCCAUAUCUGAGACCUACCAAGAGGUUUCGAGGAGCAUCCCACUCUUUGCGGUUCAAGCGCACAGAUAUAUUGUCCAGGAGAAGCUCUGGGCGCAGGUACGGGCUGCUGGGACCUCGUUUCCAUCACAACAGCUGGCGAAGAAGUUUCUCGAGCCAGAAGCCUUGACGCUGGAGCGUCGUUACGCGCCGCGUUCAGAGCAGAAGACGGCAUUGACAAGAUUGGCAGAGCAUUCUGACAAGAGCUUCAACGAAAUCUCUGCGCGAUGUCAGGCUUUCAGAGGCCUUCAAUUUCAGUCAAGGCGCUUGCAGCAGGAGCAGGAACGUGAGCUUUCUCCGGAAGUCGUCGCGGAGCCAAUCAUCCAGCGAGUGGCAGCCGCUGUCGCAGCCAAGCACUCUCUACACAAGGAUCUGGUGACGUUUGUCGAGACUGGAGUGAUCAAGGCUGGCUCAAGUGCCUACUUCCCAGCAUUCGACUCCUUGGCCACCACGACUGCUGCGUUGAAGUUUGAUGUCAAGCAGCUCCGUGCGCCCGCAUUCAUUUACGCCACCGCAGACUUUGCGACAACCGUCGAGAAAGAUGAGUCUGGUUCCAGCUCGGAUGCGUACCAGCGGACUCCGCAAUGGGUGCUGACCGCGCGGAAGAUUGGUCAAGACGUUGUCGGAACUCUUAUCGUGAUCUCGCCUUGGGAAGCAGAGCACCUGUUCACUCGAGUUCAGUGCUCCUUUGCGACGGCUCUACACCUGUACCGCCCACGCACCAACUUGGCACAUCCGGCACUCGACACGCUCAACUUUUGCACCAUUGCCCCUCGGUCAAUGACGUUGUCCAUUCCGGCCCAACUCUCCGUUCAGCUGAACGUCUUCGCCGGAGCGCUCUAUUUUGCAAGCUAUGACGAGUAUCAGAAGACGUGCAUGUUUCUGGGUGUUACGUGGCGGAAGGCUUCGCCGGGUGAGAUCAUCGCUGCGGAUGGGUUCAUCGAGCGGGAUGCACAGGGACAGAUCGGUGGAGGAAGCACGUCGAAAGUGCGUGUCAGCCCGAUCAAGUUCAUCAAGUCGUUGAUGACGACGAUCCGGAGGAAUGGAGAGUCGAUCUCCAAGACUCACAUGGGAGCGCUGUUGGAAGGCAGAUUGCUGCAGCGGUCGGACUUUGAGAAUUGA